AUGGGAUGUUCAUUAUAAAAACAAAAAAAAUUCGAAACAAUCAGCAAGCGUUACUCGACAACUGCAAAUACUUGUAGUAUCAAAUUUUUUAUAUUGUUUAGUAACACCUGAUUAAAAAUAAAGUUUAGAAGUAUAUAAUCCAACACUUGGAAAGAUUGUCUAAGUUCCAAUACUUGUACCUGCUUCUAAAAGCAAUAUUAUGAAAAGAAGAAGUACAUAAAUUACUACAGGAAUGUGA